UGACCAUCACCACGAUCAUCUUUCACACGCAAGAUGUCUACGCCAGGCGAAGGUAGAUCACAUCCAUUACGACCAUACUACUCUUCCACAGAUGAAAAUGCGGCAUUCGUAGCCACAGCACCACGCUUCCAGUCUAACGCAGGCUCAAAUUCCACGUCCGGAUCAUCUCGAGGAGGUUCUUUUGCUCCUGCUGGAUUAAGCUCAAGUCGAUAUGCAAGUGCAAAUGAUGAUGCAACCUUAAACGAAGCCAUUGCUGAUUUGAAUGGUGGUGGCGGAGGCGUGAAGGAUUGGGCACGUUCGAUUGCAAUCUCGGCGGCUUUUGGUUACACGUCAACGUGUUUGGCAAUGCCCUUUGAAGUUGGUAAGCUUCUGUUACAGAUUCAAUGGGUACCAAGAGAUGAAGUUUGGGUAGCAUUCGGAGAUAUGGAAAGGGAAGAUGAGAUGGUAAAGAUGAAUUCCUUGGCAAGAAGCAGAGGCAAUCAAAGAAGAUCUGGUUCACCUACAAGUAGACGUUCAGCAAUCGGUCGUAAUGAAUGGAAUGAAGGUGAAGAAAGCGAUGAAGGUCCGGAUGAUGAAGACUUGAUGGGCGGAUCAUCAAGCUGGGCAGACGAAGGCGGAAGUAAGAGAGAUUUCGGAGGUGAGCAAGAUGAAUUAUCCGAUGAAGAUGAUGCGGAAGCCUACUUUAGAGAUCUAUCCGAUCAAUCUGGAAGGCCGACAAAUCUGACCAAUCGAACGGAACGACAAAAGAGGAAGAAGACAGAUUCUUCCGGCUAUGUUAUGCGCAAAAGCGUUCAUGAGGAUACCACAAGACCCGAAUUUGUCAUGCCAGUCGUUGUUCGAGGUGGUGUCUGGGAAAUGAUAAAAGCAGUCGGAAGAGGCAAAGAAGGUUGGCUAGGCUUAUGGAAAGGAUCUUUAACGACCUUCGUGAUCGAUACAGUAACACAGACCGUUCAACCUUUUGUGUCUUUUGUUCUCUCGUUUGCUGUGCCCUCGGCUUUGACACCUUUACCUUUGCCGUAUGCACCAUAUCCUCUCAGAUCGUUGAGUCUCCUAUUAGCCUCACAUUUGGUCACAGGUGUUAUCGUCUCUCCUUUGGAUCUCGUCCGUACAAGAUUGAUUGCUCAAUCCACACUACCGCCCCAUCGCAAGUACAACUCACCCUGGAAUGCACUUCAACAGAUUCUACAUGAAGAAGGCGGCUGGCGCACGGUCUACUUCCAUCCCAACCUUUUCAUUCCCACCGUAUUGGAUUUCACAGUUAGACCUCUUUUGAGUCUAGGAGCCCCGCUAUUCAUCGAACAUAGAUUACGACUAGAUCCAAUGACAAGUCCAGUGCGUUAUUCGUUGGCCGAAUUUUGCAUCUCAACGGCCAGUCUUUUGGUCACUCUGCCGAUCGAGACGGUACGUAGGAGAUUACAGCUACAAGCAAGGGCUGCUUGGGGUAAGAAGAUCUCAAAAGUGCACGGAAGUAGACCUAAACCAAACCAUAGAAGUUCCGGAUCAGCAAGUACACUUUCAUCCCUUCAAGGUCAAGAAGAAGUUCAAAAGAGCCCAUCUUCUCGAUCUGAGAGGAAAGAUAUGGGAAACACAUUCUUUGCAAGUGUGACUGGAGCUAUUCCACAACCGAUUUUCAGCAAGCCAUUACGCACAUGCGUGGAAACAAGACCGAAGCCAUAUGAAGGUGUGGCAGAAGCAAUUUACCGUAUCCUAACAGAGGAAACCAGUAUAACACCUGCCAAGAAGAUUGGCAAGGGAAGCAAGCCUGGCAAUACAGAGCCUGUAGAUCUCAAAGACAGCGGUAUCUUGGCCAAGCCUGGCUCAUCGACUUUCGGCGGUCUGUAUAGCCUUUAUCGCGGUUUAGGAUUCUCUAUUGGAGCCAAUGCUCUUGUCUUUGUCCUAACGAUCGUGACUGGUGAACGCACCCAUGGUACAGCUGGAUGGACAGAGAUCUGAUUUUGCUACCCACUAUUAUUUGCACUUCUACUAUAUACCCUUAUUGUUUGAUUUUUGUUUCUUAAGGUUAGGAUUAUUCUAAUCUUCAGUAGACAGUCUCUAUACUAAACCUCUUCCCUACUCUUCUUUGCUCUAUUGUGAAACACUCGCCACUCAAUGAGAUGAUUGGAUUAGAUCAUUUAUACAGAAUGUAGCGCUUCCCGAUAUCAAGAACUCGAUUGAGAGGCUGCAGAUGCU